AUGACUUGCCAGACCUUCAGAGUGUUUGUUCUGUCUGUCAUUAUGAUUUAUUUUGGACAUUUUGGAAACAGCUUAGAUCUUGCUGAACUUCAAGACGAUAUAGACCGACUGAAAGCUGACUUUAACUCAAGUCAUUCAGAUGUAGCUGACGGUGGACCUAUUUUUACAGACAAACUGAUGAACUGGACAGAGAGAAAUGAAAAAAGGAUCAUCCUGAGCCAGAUCAUUUCCAUGUACCUGAAAUUGCUUGAAAACACUGACAAGUCAAAGACCUACGUCAGGCACAUAUCUGAGGAGCUCUAUUCUCUGAGCAGCAGCCUUCCUGAUGGCUCAAAGAAGAUGAAAGACCUCAUGGAACUGGCAAACUUUCAGAUGACUGACUUGAAAAUCCAACGCAAAGCUGUACAUGAGCUGUUUAGUGUCUUACAAAGACUGGUGGAGACUCCAACUGCUUUCAAAAGGAAAAGGAGCCAAUCUCAGAGGAGGUGCAAGUGCUAA